CAGUUAGAUAUUCGACAUAAAUAACAAUGAAUAAUCACAUAUUUAAAAAACAACAACAACAAUAAUAACCCGGAAGUCUUUUGUUGCCGCGCCACGUCAGAGCAAACAUUCAAUGAAGGAGUCGCCACACUUUGUGGUUUAAUUUUUGAACAAUGCUGCUGUUGUCGCUUUCACUGCUGCUGCUCUGUAAUGUUUUGGUGCUUUUUGCCACCGAGCUCACGUUUGAGCUUCCCGACAACGAGAAGCAAUGUUUCUACGAAGACCUGGACAAAGACAUUAAGUUUGAGUUAGAUUAUCAGGUGAUUUCAGGAGGGAACUACGACGUGGACUGUUUUGUGACAGAUCCCCACGAUAACAUUCUGUACAGGGAGGACAAGAAGCAGUAUGACAGCUUCUCCCACACCACUGCCAUGAAGGGAGUCUACAAGGUCUGCUUCAGCAAUGAGUUCUCCACUUUCUCACAUAAAUCCAUCUACCUGGAUUUUCGCCAUGGCGAGGAGGAGCCUCUGAUUCCCAGCAUGACCAGAGCGACAGCACUGACACAGCUGGAAUCCACGUGUGUCUCCAUCCACGAGAUCCUGAAAGUGGUGGCUGAGUCCCAGACGUGGUAUCGCCUCAGAGAAGCACACGACCGCACAAGGGCGGACCACCUGAUGGAACGCGUGACUUUCUGGUCCAUCGGCGAAACCGUUCUGCUGUUUAUCAUCGGCAUCGGCCAAGUGAUGAUGCUCAAGAGCUUCUUCAGUGAUAAGAAAGGCUCCGUGGCCGCAAUGACUUAGACCUUUCUUCUUUGGUAAAAAUAGAACUGUUAUUUCCUC